AUGACCUCGCCCGCAGAAGGCAACACUGCUCUACACCGACGAGAUCAAGAGGCUUACAACUCAUCGUUCAACAAAGAUCGCAGCACACGCUUUAGACUAUUAAGCAGCAUGCAGGAUGAUUUGAUUGGCGAGUUUGAAAAGUGUAACACUACCAAGGAUAUAUGGGAUAACUUGAAAAUUGCUUUUAGAGGAACCUCUACCACGAGGUUAAGGGCUCCUAUUUCAAAAUUUGAGACCCUUCGAAAAGAUCCCCAUCAGAACAUGACUAAGCAUCUCAGGAUGAUGUCAAGCAUGAUCCACGAUUUGAAGUCUGUAAGUCACGAUCUCACUGAUGUGCAGCAAGUGCAAGCUGUCAUAAGAUCUUUGCCAGACUCUUGGACUGACAUGAAACAAAUCCUCACUCACAAUGAGAGCAUUAAGAAUUUUUCUGACAUCUCUCGCCAUGUGGAGUUAGAGGCUAAGUGCGAGGAAGCUAUGCGCGCUACUGCCCUUGUCGCCCAGGGAGGCAGACAACAGGGCAAGAAGGGUCCAAAGAAGAACUUCAAGAGGAAGAGGCAAAAUGUUGCAUCCACUUCCAAAGAGGGGCAGACACCGAAGCGCCAAAGAGGCAAGCGCGGUGGAAAGAGAGACAAGUCGAAGGCCAAAUGCUAUAAUUGUGGACAAUUGGGGGCAUUUUGCUCAUGA